AUGCGUAUUGCUCUUGUUACCCUUUUGUGCGGUGCUUUGGUCACUGCGCUCUCCGCAGAAGAGGAUCUAGAAAAGUGGGGUAGGCCGAAGGGUGGGGAUAAGAUUUCCCAUGGAGGUAACAAUAUUGGCAACGGGGAUGGUGGUGGGAUCAAUAUUGACACUGGGGGUGGUGACAUUGGGGACAUUGUGGUUGGAGGUGGAGGUGGGGGUGGUUGUGACCCGGUCGCUUGUGACGCCAAGUGCGCGUCCGGCCUGACCUGUUGCAGUGGAGCCUGCGUCGACCUUAGCAACAAUCCAAGCAAUUGUGGAAGUUGUGGGAACACUUGCUCUGCUGAAUCGACUUGCUCAUCAGGCACCUGCCAAUGCACGAUUUUCCAGGGGUUCGAGGCGCAGACCACAUUUGCUGUGGGGGACUGGCCGAUCGCUGUUGCGGUGGGUGACUUCAACGGAGAUGGCAAUCCCGAUAUCGUGGCUUCGAAUAUCAACAGCAAUUCAGUGAGCGUCUUGCUCGGGACUGGAUCAGGGAGCUUCCAGGUGCAGGCCACAUUCGGCACGGUGGGCACACCGAUCGAUGUUGCAGUAGGCGACUUCAACGGAGAUAACAUUCUCGAUAUUGUGACUACAAAUCAAGGUGUUGAUCGAGUGAGCAUCAUGCUCGGUACUGGAACUGGGAGCUUCCAGCCGUCGGUCGCAUUCCCUGUGGGGUCUGUUCCGUACGGCGUUGCAGUGGGCGACUUCAAUGGAGAUGGCAUUCGCGAUCUCGUGGUUGCGAAUGUCAACAGCAAUACAGUGAGCAUCUUGCUCGGGACUGGGCCCGGGAGCUUCCUACCGCAGGCUACAUACCCCGUGGGGCCCGGACCGGCUGGUGUUGCAGUAGGCGACUUCAACGGAGAUGGAAUUCUCGAUAUCGUGACUUCGAAUCAAAGCCCCAAUACAGUGAGCGUGUUGCUCGGGACUGGAACCGGAACCUUCCAGCCGCAGGCCACAUUCCCCGUGGGCAGCCUCGGGCCACUUGAUGUUGCAGUAGGUGACUUCAACGAGGAUGGCAUUCUCGAUAUCGUGACUGCAAAUAUCAACGGCAAUUCAGUAAGCGUCUUGCUCGGAACCGGCACCGGGAGCUUCCAGUCGGCGGUCGCAUUCCCUGUGGGAUCUAAUCCGGCCCGUGUUGCAGUGAGUGACUUCAACAGAGAUGGCUACCUCGAUAUCGUCGCUACGAAUGUCAACAGCAAUUCAGUGAGCGUCUUGCUCGGUAUUGGGUCCGGGAGCUUCCAGCCGCAAGCCACAUUCCCCGUAGGGACCAAUCCGGCCGGUGUUGUAGUGGCUGACCUCAAUGGAGAUGAAUAUCCCGACAUCGUGACUGCAAAUCAGGUCAGCGAUACGGUCAGCGUCUUGCUAGGGAUCCCUUGCAGCGCUUAG